AUGAGAUUGUUCUUCGUUAUCACCUUUAGCCUCGCGAUGUGUAUGAUCCAUGCCCUUCCCGCCGAAGACCACAGCGGCACCACUCCGAGCCUCAAGGGGAGCAAGAAAAGGACCGUCCGACAAGGAAUCUGCUUGUGGGCCUGUCGGGGAUUCAUCUCACCGUCUGUGUAGGCUUUACAUAGAUCAUUCCCGCCCUACACAUUCCCACACUGGCACUGACUUCCACCUUUCGACCCGUCCGUCAACGUGACGACCCUAGCGCUGAUUGUUGCAAGAAGUGCGGCAUCGCAGACAAGAACUGCCCCUACGAGGGACUCGGCCAUGUAUGA